CUCCAUGCCAUACAAGUAGGUACCAUCAGUACCAAUUUAUGAACCAUCAAACCACCAAAAGCCACCAUAACCCUCCAAAAUGGAGUCUUCAGUACCCCUCCAAAUCGCCGAAACCAUCCAAACAGCCUCCAUAAAACAGAACCCAGACCCUCUCCACGACCUCAACCCCUCCACUGCCGCGUCACAAAAAGAACCCGUCAAAGUCUCCCACCCCUCCUACGAAUACGAUUCCGAAGGAAUAGACGACGAUGAAGAAGAAGAUAUCCCAUACAGUGUCCUUAAACCCCUGCCUCGACGACAGAGCUUCCCCCCAUUACCAGAUCUACGCUUCGAGCAGAGUUACCUGUCGAGUAUAGCUGGGGUGGAUUCGUAUUGGAAGAUAGCGUUGAUUACAGUUAGGGAUCAGGUAUGUAUUCUUAGCUGAUGGGGAAUAUGUAGGAGGGAUACUGAUUUGAGCCGUGCAGGUUUGUGCUCCUUUGCUGCAGGGAAUGGUUUGGAAUCUCGCAUUGCAAGGUUGGAAAUACUGGAAUAAGAAUGCUGUUCUACACGGAGAGAGCGUGGGUGCAAGGGCCCGGAGGUGGUGGUAUGGCGUCAACAAUUGGCCUAUCCCCAAGAGCUUUGGAAAUGACAGAAAGUUGGCUGCGAAAAUGGGAGACGUGAGUUGGACUCGCUGUGUUGUUGAUAUACCCUGUUUUACUGAUAUCAAUUAGUAUUAUCAAAAUCAAAGCGCAUGCAGUGAUUGA